UCAUCUAAGUAUCAUGAAGGAUUCAUACAAGCAGCAGGACUCGACCACAGAUCCUCCAGAGAUGACACAAGUUUUCAAGAAGACCAGUAAAGAUGGAGGGCUGUGCCUCUACCUGGGGAAGAGAGACUACGUGGACCACCUGAUCGACGUGGAGCGAAUCGACGGUGUUGUGAAGCUGGAGAAUAUGGACUUUGGAGACAAGAAAGUGUUCGUGCAGCUGUCCUGUGCGUUCCGUUAUGGGACUGAGGACCUGGAUGUGAUGGGUAUGAGCUUCAGGAAGGACAUCUGGGUGGAGUACCUGCAGCUCUACCCGGAGAGCCACAAGCCGCAGCUGUCCGACAUGCACAGCACGCUGAUGAAGAAGGCCGGCGAGAACGCCUACCCCUUCACCUUCGAGAUUCCCAACAACCUGCCGUGCUCCGUGUCCCUGCAGCCGGGGCCGAGCGACAAGGGGAAGGCCUGUGGCGUCGAUUUCGAGGUGACAACAUACACGGCCAUGGAGAAAUCAAACCCCGACGAGAAGAUCUCCAAGAAGCAGAAAGCUCGCCUCAUCGUCCGUAAGAUCCAGUUCGCUCCCUCUAAGGUUUCCAGCGGACCCAAAGCCGACAUCUGCAAGAGCUUCAUGAUGUCCGACAAACCAGUCCACGUGGAGGCUUCCAUGGAGAAAGAUCUCUACUUCCACGGCGAGAAGAUCCCGAUCAAAAUCAAAAUCAACAACGAGAGCAACAAAACAGUGAAGAAGUUCAACAUAACAGUGGAACAGACCACAGACAUCGUCCUCUACUGCGCAGACAAAUACAUCAAGACUGUCUUCAACCAGGAGUUUGCAGAGACGGUGGAGCCCAGCAGCACCUACGAGAACACGCUGACCAUCUGCCCCCUGCUGUCCGACAACAAGGAGAAGAGGGGGCUGGCGCUGGACGGACGGCUGAAGGACGAGGACACCAACCUGGCCUCCACCACCCUCCUGCAGCAGAGUCUUGAAAAAGACAUGCUGGGAAUCCUGGUGUCCUACAAGAUCAAGAUCAACCUGAUGGUGGCGGGAGGAGGGUGAGUCCCGUUAUGUGGAGGAUCAGGGGGGGACAGAAGGUCAGGUUCCUCAUCUGAUAGCUGAGAACCUGAACAUUCAUCU